AUAAAUUUAUUGGAGGAACUAAGAUUGGAGCCAGGAGAUUGGCAUAAUUAUCUUCGUAUGGAUGAGGAAACCUAUCUAAAACUUUUAAGAUUGGUAACACCGUUAAUUAAAAAAAGUGACACUCAUUUACGGCCGUCCAUUAGCCCUCACGAGCGCCUAACAUCAACAUUACGAUUUUUGGCCACUGGCCGAAGUUAUGAAGAUCUCAAAUUUUCUGCAGUUAUUUCGCCUCAAGCACUAGGCCAAAUUAUACCAGAAACUUGUGAUGCUAUUUAUAGUGUACUGAAAAAUGAGUACUUAAAGUUUCCAAAAACGGAAAAUGAUUGGAAAGCUAUAGCGAGAGAGUUCGAAGACAAAUGGAAUUUUCCUAACUGUCUCGGAGCCGUGGACGGGAAGCAUGUCCAGAUCGUACCACCUCAUAAUAGUGGUUCCUAUUUCUACAACUAUAAAUGCAGUCAUAGUCUCGUGCUAUUAGCUGUUGUUAAUGCAAAUUAUAAAUUCAUUUAUUGUCAUUUUGGAACAAAUGGCAGAGUAUCUGACGGUGGCGUUAUAGAGUACACAACUUUUUAUGACAAGUUGAAAGACGGAACAUUAAGGAUACCACUAGCAAGUGAACCAAAAAACAGUGGGCGUCUCCUUCCAUAUGUAUUUAUUGGGGAUGAAGCCUUUGCUCUUCGCGAGGAUUUUCUGAAGCCAUUUAGCCAAAAACAACUUAAUAGUGAAAAAAGAAUAUUUAACUACCGGUUAUCCAGAUGUCGACGAAUUGUCGAAAAUGCUUUUGGAAUUUUGGCCGCCAGGUUUAGACUAUUUCAUACCGCCAUUAAUAUGAAAUUAGAAAAUAUCGACAAAGUGGUGUUGGCUUGUUGUGCGCUGCACAAUUUUUUACGAGAAAGCAGCAGUGAUUAUUACAGCCCACCAACUUCUUUUGACAGUGAAGAUAUAGAAAGGGGUGAAAUCCAACUGGGCUUACGGCCUGAACCAAACACUUUGGUGAAUUUGCAAAGCAGCCACAACUGAAAUGCUACAGACAAUGCCAAACACGUUCGCGAAAAAUAUAUGCAGUAUUUCU